GACCUGUGCAUCUUGAUGUGUGUCUGCAGGCAGCCUGCUUCUGCCAAGUGGUACGACCGGAGGGACUACGUCUUCGUGGAGUUCUGCGUGGAGGACAGCAAAGAUGUCAAUGUAAACUUUGAAAAGUCCAAGCUCACGUUCAGUUGUCUUGGAGGAAGCGAUAACUUUAAGCAUUUAAACGAAAUCGACCUUUUUAAUAAUAUUGAUCCAAAUGAAUCAAAGCAUAAAAGAACAGACAGAUCUAUCUUGUGUUGUUUACGAAAAGGAGAAUCUGGUCAGGCAUGGCCAAGGUUAACAAAAGAGAGGGCAAAGCUCAACUGGCUCAGCGUGGAUUUCAACAACUGGAAAGACUGGGAAGAUGAUUCAGAUGAAGACAUGUCCAAUUUUGAUCGCUUUUCUGAGAUGAUGAACAACAUGGGUGGAGAUGACGAUGUAGACUUACCAGAAGUAGAUGGGGCAGAUGAUGACUCACCAGACAGUGAUGAUGAAAAAAUGCCAGAUCUGGAGUAAAGAAAACUGUCGUCUUCAGGGUUUGGGGAAAGAACUUCAUCACAUUUCAUAAUUGAGAUAAGAAUUCCUGAGUUGAUAGCCCUAAGGGGAGAUAUUGCAUCCUUUAACCCAUUUUUUUCAGUCCAUUUUAAAUGGCUUCACUGAUGGUAGGUGUGUACCAUUGUGCGGGGCAGUCUUAAGCCACGAGAGGCAAUAAAUGACGUUAUGCAUGAAUUCCAGACUUCCAAAAACCAAUUGAGGUAUGGGCAAUCGAUCCGGAACAGUCGCAAUAAAGUUUACAGAGCCUCCUUGCCUCGUAGCAGACCUAAUAGCAGAGCAGGCCUUGCGUCCUGUGCUCGAUUGGCUUUUUCCCCCUUGUGGCCCACGGUUAAAUCUGACUUUUGUGCCCGGAACAAAAAAACUCUUCUUGGAUUUGGCUCACCAAAAUUUGAACAAGCUGCGCAAUACCUCUGUGGUGUCUUCAGGUGUGUUCCACUAAUGUUUUUAUUAAAAAGGAAACAAAAUUCUCUCUGUUUGCUAUUUAAUGGUUAGCUGUGUGUGUCCUGGUGCCCCGCGCCGUGAGGGGUGAGGCCCAAACUCCACCCCCACCCCAUGGAUCCGUGGGGCCGCGUCGUUGCUUGUGGAUCUGUACGUGAGACCAAAUGUAUUUGCACUGCUGGUAUGGAAGCAAGUGACAACAUCUGUUCUACCCGACGGGGCUCUUUGUUACCCGGCCAGGCUGACAAACCUCAAUUUCUGUUCAGAGCGGUGGGAAUUUUUUUAAUGUCUACAUUCUUUCUAAUAAACUGUUGAAGACUCCA